CCUGUGGGGAGGUGUACCUGAGCCAGAUCCUCUGUAGCUCCCAGCCGCGUCUGUCCAGCACCAGCAAGGAGGAUGUCUGAGAAAUUUGAAAUCUUCAACCUGGACUUGAAAGCAGGGAGCACCCUGAAGAUAAAGGGCAAGGUCUCCAGUGAUGCUGAGAACUUUGCGAUUAACCUUGGCAAGAGCACUAAUGAGCUGGGGCUGCACUUCAACCCUCGCUUCAAUGAAUCCACCAUCGUCUGCAACUCCAAAUGUGCCAACUGCUGGCAGUCGGAGUACCGCGACAGCCACCUGCCCUUCUCCAGGGGCUCGGAGGUCAAGUUUAUCAUCAGCUUCCUGGGAGACAAGUUCAGGGUGAAGCUGCCAGACGGGCACGAGGUGGAGUUCCCUAACAGGCACAACUACGACAAGAUCAGCUAUCUGGGUGUGAAGGGCGGGUUCAAAGUCAUCUCCUUCAAACAAGAUUGAUGGGACCUGCUUCCCUCCUCUAAUAAAAACCCCACAGGAGGGGUCGU